AUGAUGGAAAAGGGAGACCCAUAUAUUCCUGAUUGUAAAUUUGGUGCCGAUAAGUUUGGCAUUGCACUUCCAGUGCCAUCCAAUGCUAUUAACUCCUUCAGGCUUCUAUGUGAAAGCUCUGCAACCCAGGUUCAAGUGUUUUUGACCAUCUUUCUUGACAGUGACAUGAAUGAUCCAAAUGUGUGGAAUGCUAUUGUAAGCAUCCGGGCGAUGCAGGACAUCCUGCAACCAAAAAGGACCUACGAGAACCUGUCUGGAGAUAUCUAUGAUGUUGCAUCCGAGAGUGGAGAAGCCAAGCCAGUUAUUGCAUUAAUGGAUAUUGUUCAAAAGCUCAAAUUUAUGGCGAGCCCGAGUUGUGCGGAGAUCGGGCCCGAGACAACCCCCUGCCCGCCUCGUGUAUCAACACAAAAUGCAUCGGAUGCCUCUGUCCAAACUGACUAA